CAGUCCGACACUGCACAAACAUUCCCAUUUUUCAACAUUCAACAGCAGCUCCCCAGAACUAAACAGCCCAAGUUUGUGACAUCAUUCCUUCCCGCCCACUGUUUGAUCACGUGGGUGUGACGUCGCGACUUCCUCAAAGCUAGUGAAUUGUAGUGUUUUCCAUAGAGAGUGUUGCUCCCUCUCAGCCAGAGCAUGGAGCAUAAGGACGGGGCCCUUCGGGAAUGCUUGCUUGCUCUCCAGCGUGACCUCCCCGCGCGAGGCGAACAGCUGCGACCUCAAAGCCGCUAUGUGAGCCAAGCGGAGGCUGAAGGGGAGCUCACCGAGGUGUUGCUGAAGUUCUUAAGAAACAGUGUUACACCGUUACAUAUUGCUGCCUUCCUGACCCAGACUGUUGUCCAUCAAACACUGCAAGGAGACCUGUCUUCAUUUGCAAAGAAUGAGACACAAGAAUCAACAGAAGAGAAUGUGGAGCUCCUGUGCUCAGAGUCCUUGUUUCAUUACUGCCUUCAAUGUCUGCAAGAGGUUGUCCUCCAGUGGCUGGAGCAGCUGCCCCCCUUGCCACCGUUUCCACGGGAGAUCUGUGUUUCUGUCCAUGCCAUCCGAAACACCCGCAGGAAAAUGGAGGAUCGACAUGUCAUUCUGCAAGAUUUCAACACACUCUUUGGCAUAAAGGACAGUAUUCCAAGAUCAUACUUUGCUGUGUUUGAUGGACAUGGGGGAGUGGAUGCUGCCAAUUAUGCAUCCACUUACUUACAUGUGAAUGUUGCACGUCAUGAGAGACUCGAGCAGGAUCCAGCACAAGCCCUCAGGGAGUCUUUCCAAAGGACAGAUUCCAUGUUCCUGAAGAAAGCAAAAAGAGAGCGGUUGCGGAGUGGCACAACAGGUGUGUGUUUCCUUCUGGAGGGAGAUCGCUUACAUGUGGCCUGGCUAGGAGACUCUCAAGUCCUCCUUGUACGUCAGGGUAGUCACAUGACACUGAUGGAUCCCCACAAACCAGAGAGAAAGGAUGAACGUGAGAGAAUUGAAUCUCUUGGAGGCUGUGUGGCUUUUAUGGGAUGCUGGAGAGUAAAUGGUACACUUGCUGUAUCCAGAGCUAUUGGUGACAUUGACCAGAAGCCUUUUGUGUCUGGCGAAGGAGACGUUACUUCUCACAUACUCAGUGGAAAAGAGGACUUUUUGGUGUUGGCUUGUGAUGGAUUUUAUGACACUGUGUCACCACCAGAGGUCCCUGGGUUGGUUUUGGAUUAUCUACAGGAGAGUGGGGGAAAUUGGCAACAUGUUGCAGAGAGGCUGGUGACUGUAGCCAAAGAAGGUGGUUCCAGUGAUAACAUUACAGUGUUGGUAGUAUUUUUACAACACCCACAGAAAUUACUGGAUGAUAUCCAGGCACAAGGCAGUGUGGAAGGACAACCUCUGUUCGAUUUUGGUGGUGAGAUAGUGGAGGUCACAUCAGAAACCAUGAAAGGGGAAUUUUUAAGUCACUUAGGGAAAGCAUGACAAGGUUUGCAGAAAGUAAUCCCAAUGCAAUGUUUAUAAACUAACCUGAAAUACAGUCAUAUGAAAAAUUUUGGGAUCCCCUCUCAGCCUGCAUAAUAAUUUACUCCACUUUCAACAUAAAAGAUAACAGUGGUAUGUCUUUCAUUUCCCAGCAACAUCAUAGUACAGUGUCUUCUGAACAAAGAUUUUUUGUGAAGCAGUAUUCAGUUGUAAUGUGGGGUACCCUUGUAAUUUUGCUAAUUUGAAUGCAUGUAACUGCUCAAUACUGAU